CCAACUUAAGUUGUAACUGUAGAAAAUUAAGAUGGAUGGGUUUGGGUAUCGGUAUGCCGCCCCAUAUAACAGCUAUUCAGGGUACUGUCCUCUGAAUCAAAUGCCUAACCCAAACUUGAGGCACACCAAUUGGAAACAGAAAGGCACUCCUGGUUCCGUUUAUUACCCAAAUCCAGUAACUGAUGGCGUGGAUUAUAUGGACAACUGCAAGAGGGCUCAGUUAAAAGCUAUUUUAUCGCAAGUAAACCCCACACUCACUCCUCGUUUACGGAAGGCUAAUACCAAGGAAGUUGGCGUUCAGGUAAACCCUAAGGUUGAUACUGGUGUUCAGUGUUCACUGGGGCCCAGGACUCUCAAUCGUGCUCCAAGAAGGACCUAUUUUGCUCCCCGCUAUGGUACUGUGGGGCGUCUCACAGAAUCUAAGCCCCAGGCAGUUUCGUAUUCGGCCUCCAACCAAAUUCCUGCUGUGUACUCGCCUGUUUAUGACCGUCGGGUGUUCACGGUUACCCGUGAUUAUGUCUCGCCUUUUCCAGAGAACGAGUUAUGCCAGGGUGACCAAGAGGGUGCUUCGCUAACUGUCUUUCAAGAGAAAGAGGAUGAAAAAGGAUCAACUACUGAGAGAGUUGAGAGCCCCAAAGAACAAGUGGGAGAAGGUUCUCCAGCAGGUGUCCCUGAGGAAAGCCUCAUCCCAGAGUGCAGCCAGACGCAAAUAACACCUAAACUGAAUGGCCCGAAACUGAACUCCCGUAGGUCACCCACAUAUCGAUUUCAGUUCUUGGAACAGAAGUAUGGCUACUUUCAUUGCAAGGAAUGUAGUACCAGGUGGGAAAGUGCUUACGUGUGGUGUAUUUCUGGGACCAAUAAGGUUUACUUUAAGCAGUUGUGCCGCAAAUGUAUGAAAGGUUACAACCCUUACAGAGUUGAAGCUAUCCAGUGUCAGACUUGUUCAAAGACUCAGUGCAGUUGUCCUCGCAAGAAAAGGCAUAUUGAUCUGAAGAAACCACAUCGCCAAGAAUUGUGUGGCCGUUGCAAGGGGAAGAGCCUAUCUUGUGACAAUACCUAUAGCUUUAAAUACAUUGUCUAACUUAUCCAAAGACUAGCACUUAAAGCACUUUCACUGACGUUUUGCACAACUUUUGUAAUAGCUUUGAACACUGGCUUUAACUGGCAUUGUGAUUUUUGUAUUUAGAAACUUGGCACUAUUAAAUUAUUUAAGCUAUUGAUGCAGAUGAA